AUGAUACCAGAUCUGGAGCUCCUCAUACGAGGAAUCUAUUCAAUGAAGUCACUCAACCAGACGCAAACUGAACAAAACACAAAGUUAACACAGAAUUGUACAAUUGUACAAAACGUGAGUUCCGCUCCGGUGCAACCGGCAUGCCCUCUUGGAACUCAAGCUCCUGUGUUUCGCAGCUGUAAAGAGCUCUUUGAAGCUGGCUACAAAUUGAGCGGUAUUUACCGCGUUGAUCCGCUGGCUGACGGCAAAGGCGGAUUUGGAGUUUACUGCGACCAUGGGAAUGGAGGAGGCUGGACAGUGCUUCUUCGCCGAUAUGAUGGUACCUUGAGCUUUGAUCGGGGUUGGAAUGCAUAUGUGGACGGACUAGGGGAUCUGACAGGUGAAUUCUGGGUAGGUUUGGCCAAUAUGCGCAGGCUCACCGGUGGUGCGACCUUUACCAUAAGAUUCGAUCUUGAGUCCCCGGAUGGCGAGAAGAGGUACGCAGAGUAUAAUGGCAGUACAUUGGGAACAUCGAAGACAAAAUUCAGGAUAACGCAAGGUAGUAUUGAAAGACAAGUCCUUGUUCUGAACGUUGAUUAG